GGGUAUAAUAUGAAUUAUUGAGUGUGAAGAGACUUUUUCCUUUUUCCCUUUUUCGCCAUUUCUCUCAUCUUUUCUCGUCUCUCAUAACAUAUACACGAUACGCCUCCGGAUACAGCUCUACAAAGCAAUUCUUGGUGUUGUCAAAGAGAAAAAGUUGAAAAGAUCAACAAACAAAAAAAAAGCAGAGGGAUUCCCAUUGCCCUUCUCCUUUGCUUUCCUCAAAUCUCAAUCCAAGCUGCUCACUCUUUCCCUUUCCUCUCUACAUUUCCUUUUACUUCAUAUUUUUUUUUUCUCCCAGAGAGAUUUCAUACUCAAAACUGGCGCAUCGCUUUCUCAGAUUGGAAUUGCAAAGAACAUCGGGUGGUGAGGGAGAAAUGGGAUCAAAAUUGGAAAUUGCCGUUCAAAUGAGAAAAAUUCUGAUCAUAUCAGUCAGAACGUGCUACAGAUCAGUUUCCGGUCAUCCAUUCCUUGUGGGUAUGCUCUGUUUCUUGUUAUUUCUGUACAAAUCUUUUCCUUUCGCAUUUUCCCUUUUGGUCUCUGCGUCCCCUGUUUUGUUCUGCACUGCUCUUCUCCUUGGGACUCUUUUGAGUUAUGGGCAACCCAUCAUGAUACCCGAAAUUGAAAAAGAUGAUCAGUUUGGCCAUUCCCUUAAGGCUGGGGUUUCGGGGAAUGCCACUGUUGUUGUUGAUGAGAGAGAUGAGAGCUUUGUUGUAGAAAGACACGCGGGAAAGGGAAGGGAUAUAGUAGAGGAGGAGGCUGUUGAGGGUUCUACUUCUGCAGAAGAUAAAGUCGGCAAGGUCGAGGCUGAUGAUGGGUUGGCUGAUUAUGUGCCACCGAUUGAUCAUGGUUCCCGGGAAAUUCAGUUAGAGAAGCGAGCAAUAGAGGAAUCUGAGGAAGAGUUUCACGGUUUGGAAUUGGAAAAGAAGAAGGAAAUUUAUCAGGAGAACUUGGGGAUUGAAGGUAUGUCAGAUGAUGGGGAACAUCUUGAGAACCAAUAUGGUGUGCUUCACAAAGUGGGAGAUGAGAGUCUUGAAGUGGAAGGCAUUGUUAAGCCGCUGGGAGAGUUGGUUGAUGCUGAUAAGGGGGAUCACUUGGAUUUAUCUGCUUAUGCUGAUAAUGAUGAUGAUGAUGAUGGUGAUGAUGGGUCUUUGGAUUCAGGGUCUGAUCUAGCGGAGAGUUCCUCGCCAGAUGCUUCAAUGGCUGACAUCAUUCCAUUGCUUGAUGAGCUCCACCCACUUUUGGAUUUGGAAGCUCCGCAGCCUGCACUUAUGUCCCAUGAUGAGUCAGAUGUCGCUUCGGCACAGUCUUCUAAAAGUGAUGAUGGCAGUGUUGACUCGGACGAAGAAUCAGAAAUUCAAGGAGAAGAAGUAGAAGAUGGUGCUGAUGAAAACGAAGAUGAUGAGGAGGAAGAAGAAGCACAGGGAGGCAAAGAGGAUGAAAGUAAAUCGGCAAUCAAGUGGACAGAGGAUGACCAAAAGAACCUCAUGGAUCUGGGGACUUCGGAGCUGGAGAGGAACCAACGCCUGGAGAAUCUCAUUGCAAGGAGGAGAGCACGGAAAAACAUGAGAUUGAUGACUGAAAAGAAUUUAAUAGAUUUAGAUGGCGCUGACCUUACCUUUAACGUUCCACCCAUUUCGACAGCAAGACACAAUCCAUUUGAUCUCCCCUGUGAUUCCUAUGAACCACCUGGUUCUGCACCAUCUAUACUGCUGCCUAGACGAAACCCUUUUGAUAUUCCUUAUGACCCAAAUGAGGAAAAACCUGAUCUCAAGGGAGACAGUUUUCAGCAAGAGUAUACGACAUUCCACCAGAAAGAUACAUUUUUCCGUAGGCAUGAAAGUUUCAGUUUGGGACCGACAGGCCUAGGGGGUCACAGGAAAGAGAUGCAUGAUAUUAAAUUCAGACCCUUUUUUGUGCCAGAGCGGUUUGCUUCAGAGGGAACAAGCUAUUCCUCAUUCGAGAGGCAGUCAAGUGAAGUUAGUGAAUCGAAGUUGAGUUCUGUUCCUGAUACUGAAUCGGUGAGUUCUGCUGCUGAUCAAGAUGACAAGAAGCUCAAUGAACAAGAUUUUUGUCAAGAAACAGGAUUCAUCUCCAGCAUAGACCAUGCUUCUGAUCGUGUUCAACAUGGAAGCCGAUUUUCUGAAGAUAUUGAUUCUUUGCAGAUGGAACCAGUUGAGAAGAGAGAUGUUCACCAUGAUGAGUUUGAGAUAACAUUGGGGCAAGUUGGAAAUCAUUCUGGAAUGGAUUCCAACUUGUCUGAAACAGGAGGGGCAGAUACUCCUCUGGAAAUUAAUACUAGCGAAAUUCAUAUUGAAACACAACCAGUUGAAGAGUACAGCAGUAGAUCAAGUUUGUCAUCGUUGUCAGAAAUAGAUGAGAAAAUAUCUUGUGCAAAAAAAGAAGAAUCAAUGAGUUUGGAUAUCGAAGAAUCUGGCAGCUCAAUGCAACGUUCUCUUGAGGAGCCAGAUUUCCACUUUCCGAGUGGAGAGGUGGAUGAACUUCCACAUGAGCCUGUUUAUGAUUCAAGCCCCUCUGCAAGUGAAAAGAUCCUCCGUUUUUCCUCCAUUUCUUCUGAUUUGCAAGCAGAGAUAUCUGAAAUGGGUUCACCUCCAGUUUCAAUUGAAACUGUUCACGUUGCUGAUAAGGAGUCUGAAUUGCACAGUCAGAGCAUAGGGAAAGAUUCUUCUAACGAUGAAGAAAUGCACGCAGCAUCCUCACUAGCACAUCCAGAAGAUGAAAUGGAACCAAGGUCGAGGGAAGCACAAGAGUCGGGUGAGGAUGAAGUUACUCAGGUAGAGUCUUCUGGAGUUAACCACGGUGAUCAAAAUGAAUGUGUGAUGCCUGAAUCUUUGGUUGAGCAUAUUUCAGUUGAUUCAAGGUCAUCUUCUCCUGACAUUGGAUCAUUAGGAUCAGUAGAGGAGAAGGGUAUGGCAUAUAAGAUAGAAAGUUUGUCUCAUGAACACGAUCAAGUCAGCUCCUCGAGUAUUGAUCCUGGGAUUCUUUUUGAUAAGGAUGUGCAUGAGAAGUUAGAUUCCAUUGCUUCUAGUUAUCAGAUGGCUUAUGAAAAUUUAAAUUUGUCUAGAAAAGAAGAACACCCUCAGCCUUCAAUGGUGGUUGAGCAUGCGUCAGUGAUAUCUUCAGAAACUGAACCUGUUGAGCUGCAUGCCAUUGUUAGGGAAGAAAAUUUUCAGCUUGAGCAGGAUCAAGUUUAUUCAUCAAGUUCAUCAGAUUCUGGAUCUGUAGGUGAAGGCUUGAUGCAUAAGCAUGUAAUUCAGCCUGAACAGGACCAAGUCCAGUCAUCAAGUUCUUAUGAUGCAGAGAUCCAUGAGGGGGGCCACCAAGAUGCAGUUGAGAAGUUGGAUUUGGUGGCUUCUUCUCCCCAACAUAUUCCUUCCAGUGAUUUAUCUGUGUCUGCCUCAGAGGAACAACAGCCUCCUUUGGUGACUGAGCAAGUUAUACGGGUUCUUCCCAGUCAGUCUACUUCAGAAACUGAACAUGUGGAGGUCCAUUUGUUGAAUAAGGAGGAAAUUGUUCAGUUCAAACAGGAUGAAAGCACUGAUGCAAAAAUCAACCCUGGUCUCCACCAAGAUUUGGAUGUGAAGGUGGUUUCUUUCAAUGACCAUGAUGAGUGCAGGGAAUCGUGUAGCAACCUGGCAGAGCCUUCAGAGGUUGUGAGAAUCACCAAACAUGGAGAUGUGCCAGAAGUCCUUGAUCCCAAGCGUAAAAUUCUGCCAAAUCCGACUUCCUUGGCUUCUGAUUCCACUCAAAUUGAUAUCCCAGCUGAGAUUCCUGAAUGUAAUUCACCUACCGGUGGAGUGGAUUUGCAAGCUGAUAUCCCUCGUGGAAUUGUAAAUGAGGACUAUGUUAAGGUCUUAGAAUAUGUAAGCUAUUCUGCAGAAGCUUAUGGUUCUCUCGAUGCCAAACAAAAUAUCAAUGAAGAGGCAGAGGAAAUAAAAGAGAUUGAUGAAGGAUUGUUGUCAGAAUUGGAUGCAGUUGGGGACUUUAGUGUCAAAGAAGUUGUUGGUGAGCCAGAGGAAUUUAACGUUGGGAGUACUGAAUUUGAUUUGCUGCAUAAAGAUUCAGAACCAACAAAGAAUGAGCCAGACCUCCCAGUUCUUGAAGCAAGAUCACUUGAAGAUAUUGACUUGGCUUUUAAGCAGCUUCAUGAAGGAGUAGAUGUUGAGGAAGUCAUCCUCCCCAGUAUGGUUGAUGAUUGGCUAGUUGUGGGAGAGUCCGAUGAACAUGUGGAAUCCAAUUCAAACAUGAAAGCAGUUGAUGCAAAAUCUCUGGAAGAUAUUGAUAUUGCUCUCAAGCAAGUCUCAGAAGUUAAUCUUCAUGAGCUGCCAGAACCUUUGGAUUCAAACAAUCAAUCAUCAUCAGCAGAGCCAUGUGAAGUGGGUUCUGCCAAGAAGACUGAACCAAGUGAUGCAGGAUCUGUUGUUCAAGAAACUAGUACUGUUUUUGUUGAUAAACCAGAGCAUGGAUCUGAUGAAACAUCUGAGAGUAUCAGUUUAAGCAUAUCUAAUUCAUUGAAUAUAAAAAGUAAGGAGGAAAAAUCUCACAGUACAAGAUUUGCUUCAAGCUCCAGCUCGAGGGACUUUGAUUGAAAAUGAAGAUUUAACAAGAGAAAGACAAAGAAAGAGUUUUGUGAUUUUUCCUCGUUGGUUUCUUAAUUCUUAGUGGCUUAGUGCGAAAAUGGGGCUUUUGAUUUUGAAGCUUGGUGCCAUCCUGUUUUGAUCAAUGUCGUUUCGUUAUGUAAUCUGAUCUAUAUGCAUUGCUUUCUUCAAGAAUUGAGUUUUGUUUGAAUUCUUGAAGCGUGAAGGUUUUUGGUUCUAUUCUACCUUUUGAAUGUGUAUUAUGUAUGAGGGGCUUAUUGGGAGAAGGAUUCUUUUAAGCGGUGUACACAGUAAAUUAUAUUUUAUUUUUGGAUGUAAAAUUGUUGAUGUGAUUGAGGUUUUAGGCUGUUAA